AUGACACCAUCACUCGAGCAUGUUUUCACAAUGCGGCUAUAUACCGCCCCUGAGAAAGCUCUUGUGAUCCCGCAGGCCAAAAGCAAUGCCCAUCGCAUUAUCGCAUUCUUGACCCAUGGCCACAUCAAGGGCAGUGGCUUUGAGGCAGAACUCCUACCUGGUGGUGCCGAUUGGAUCUUGCGUGAUCCAGACACAAAUACUGGCCAUCUCGAUGUCAGAGUUCAAUUUCGUUCUAAGGAAGGACAAGGUCUCUAUGUCUACUUCAAGGGCGUGUUGCAGAUUGAUGAAAAGUGGAUGGAGGUUUUUACCAAGGGGCCCAAGGCUCGAACUCUCGAGUUUGGUGAGAAUUAUUGGCUGAGCUCCCCCAUACUAGAGACCAGCCACCCUGACUUGAAGUGGGUGGAACGGUCAGAAUUCGUGGGUGAGCUUCGGUGGCUGGUGGAGGAAGAUGGGUCUGUUGCUGUUGAAAAUUCUGUCUAUUUGGUCAAGCCAAGCAACGGGUCAGGAUGA